AAAGGCAAAUGUUUUCGUUUAGACAUUUCUUAUUUUGAAUGGUAAUUGUUGUGUAAAUUAAUGAUCCAAGGAAAAGGGUCAGAAAUAAACUAAAAAAAAAAAACUUUUUGUAAUGGUCUGAUUUCCCACGACUCGUAAAGGCAUCACCUCACAACGCACAGGAACAACAGUGCAGAGUCAGAGUCUCCUGUUGCUCAAACUAGCUCUUCAGUGAAGAGUCUUCAAUCAGCGCAGUCUCUGUAGGACACAGGCAUGCUGAGACCAUGCAGCUGAGUUCUGCCGAGUAAGAAGAACAGAGAUGGAGAAAACAUCAGCAGAAGAUGACUGCGUGGAUUCAGGAGCAGAGACCGGAGGGUCUGAUUACAGUCCGCUGUCGACCACGAGCAUAUGUGGAGGUGAGCUGUCCAUGGGUGAACUCCAAGAUCCCUUCCUGGUCAGUGUCCACCUCAUAGCUGACCCCGGCCAGGGCAGGUUCCUGCAGCAUGCUGUUGAUGCCGUUUUAGCCUGGGUUCACCCUGAGCUUCAGCUUUUCAGAGUCUCAGAACGAGCGUCUGUUUCCCAUCGGCCUUGGCCCAAGAACCACCAAAAUGGAAACCUUCCACUGUCAUGUCAGCCAUCUUUGGCGGUCAUCCUGUUCCUCCAGGAGGGAUACGGUGGUGAGGAGCAGAUACUGAUGCUGCACCAGGCACUGCAGAGGCCGCCGUGGAGAUACCACCACACUGAGAAAGUCAGCAAUGGUCGGCGAAUGCUUCCACUGACUCCAUGCAGUCAAGACUUUUUCACCCUGUCUCCAGGGACGCCGCUGUGGGCCGUGCGGCAGGUGCAUUAUGGGAAGGAAAUAGUGCGGUUUACUUUGUAUUGUCGAUAUGAAAACUACGUGGACAUGGUGCGGCUCUACAAGCUGCUGCUGCAGAGGAGGGUGUCGCAGAAGAAGGAGGACUUCUGUUUCUUUGUAGUCUACUCCAACCCAGACAUGGAGAUCCAGAUCUCCUUCAAGAGGCUCCCACGGGCUCAGAACCCGCUGGUGUUGGAGUCGGCUGUGAUGGAGGUGAGGGUGCGGGACGUAGGAGUUCUGGUGCCUCUCUUACCUCAUCCCUGCAGCCCCAUCAGCGACGUCCGCUGGCAGACAGAGGACUACGAUGGAAAUAAGAUCCUUCUGCAGGUGCAAAGCUCUGGUGCGCGCCUCAGACACAGACACCUAUCAUCAGCCUUCACAGAGUCGGCCUCAGCUCCAUCCACCUUCACCCGCCCUGCCAACUGUCAAAGGAACCGCAGGUAUCUUCACCGAGUGCCGUCUCAACCAUGGGUCCACCACCAGACCUCCUACAGCUCCCUCCCAUUGGCCUGUGAGGAGCAUGAGGAGCAUGAGGAGCAUGAGGAGCCGGAGCAGUGGUCUGACCAGGAGCAGUGGUCUGACAGGUACCACCCAGACCCUACAAAGUCCCAGUGGGCAGGACACAGGUCCAGCUCCCUCUUCUCUCUGCCCAACCUUGGAUCAGUCAGCUCCCACUCCACCUGCUCCUCUCCAGUACCUUGUUCCAGCCCCCACCACCACAGGAGGCGCUCCCAUCAUAGAAGCUCCACCCUCCUGCCGCAGUUCAGGAUAAAUGUGGACUCUCUGAUCGGAGCCGAGGAGACGGACGUAGACACUGGGGACAAAGUAAACAUAGGCAGCACCGUGGACCUAUCGGUGGUGUCUGCAUAUGUCCAGCCCAACACCACACAGACCAGCAGACCAUCAUCUGCACCACCAGAGGACAAUGGACCUCCCCUUAGUCCCACUGUUCUAGAAAACACCUGCAGGGCAGCAACACUUGGUCGAAUUCCCAUCAGCACCUCCUCGACUUUGCAUAGAUCUUACACCCAAAGCACCAACAUGAAGCAGUUGGACAGUUGUAGCAUCAUUAGCUCACCAAUCACAGACGCAGAUUACAGAGCAGCAGAAGAGGAAGUAGAAGAAGAGCAGGAAUUCUACAUAUGAUAAACUUUAGUAAACCUGUCAGCUUUGACAGGAGUCAAAGCUGAGACAUUUAACAGCUUUACUCUGCCCCCUAGUGCUGUACAGAAAAACUACAGUGACAAAAUUAGACUCCUGUUUUCAUUGUUCUGAUGUAUUUUUGUUUAAUAUUGUUUUUCUGUGUGUACAAUCAAGCUUUGUAAAUAUCAGGUCAUAUAAAGAAAUGAGUUACACAUUUAAUGGACCAAUCACUACAUGUAAAGAUAAACAAUUCAAUAAUAAUAAUAAUAAUAAUAAUAUCUCA